AUGAUAGCAGAAAGCAACACCAACGAGAAAAUGAAAAAACUGCGAUUAUGGCUGCAUAACGAGAACUCAAUCGAGUGUGUGUACCGAUCAUCGCAGUUUAGUGACUCUUUUUUGUCAUUCUCGAUCCAAAUGCUCACUGAGCUGCCAUACAACAAGAAUGCAGUGGGGUUUGUGUACGAUGACAGGUCCUUGAUCCUGAAAUUAGUAUUCAGGCUGAAGUACACCAGUUAUCCAGAGAUCGAGAAGCUGGUGGAUGUGCUUUGUGUGUCGUUAAGAGAGGACAAUCUUUCUAACAGAGGGCUGAUAAUCAAGUGUUUCUCCAUUCUUGUGAGAAAGUUUAGUCUGGAGCCACACAUUCUUAAGAAAGUGUUCACAAGUGUCGAUCUUUUCAUCACAGAGAUCUUUGAGAAUAUUGAAAAGACUAGACAUGUGAGAGACCAUCUUUUAAUGCUCAGCGAGGUUUUCACGUUCCUUAUUUUCGCAUUCAAGAAUCACGUUGAGUAUGGAAAGCCUCUUAUACCCAAGUUCACCGACUUCAUAAAGAACUACAUCGAGAAUAAGGAGCCAAUGCGGCUGUUGAUUUCAUCCGAGGAUAUUUUGCUCGAAUUUCUCGCUGUUACGUGCAAGUUAUUGCGGUUAUUAAACGACAGCGCCAUGCUUAGGCAGAGCCCUCUUAUUCCUGAGAUCUGCGUGUUCCUGCUGAGUUAUACACCGAAUGACACUCCAGAGCUGCGCAAGGAAAUUUUCUACCAAAUACAUCUCGUGGCGCUCAACCAGAAAGAUCUUUUUAAGCCAUAUACAGAAGUGAUCAUGAAUACCAAUGGUUUCUUUACAUGCAGACCGGUGCUUGCCCAGGGAGUGAAUCUUGCUGCUGAUCUAUCCAUGAACUUCUGGGAGAAGGUGAGUGUCGAACGCGUGUAUUUCCUCCUUGAAAGCGUUGUGGAUGUCUUUGAACAGGAAAUGCCUGAUAUGGAUCUGUUUGCUGAGCACAUAGACGGAAAGGAUGUGGAAUUUAGCUGCGACAAGAUCAACAGUCUGCGACUGACAGUUGAUGCGCUGGAGAAGACGGUCGAAUGCUUCAAUUUGAAAAAGAUGCCAUUUUCCGAACAGUGUGCGUUCUACAGGAAGACAUAUCCUCUUAUAUAUGGAAUAUUCGCAUGUUCUGACAACACUUUUAUCAUAAAAAAGGUUGUAAAAAUCUUUGAAAAUGUCACGAAGUACAUGGCGAGCGGAUCUGGCAACGUGUUACUUAGCAUAUCGUUCCUGUGUGAGUACGAGAUUAAUGUUUUGAAAAAGAUUUUCUAUCUUUGCAUCAAAAAUGUUACGAAGAUGGCUGAUCUGAAAGAUGUGGCAUUGAUUUUUGUCUUUUUUGAUGAAAGAACGUUCAAGGAAAUUGUGACAGCCAACCUGCGGAACGUCAUGGUGGCUGACCCGAAGGCGAUCGAAAUAUUGCAAUUUUAUUUAAACUUUACGCCGGUUUCUGAGUCCUUGGCUAAGACUUUAUUCGACUUCUACAUUGAUGUGAUCAAAGAGACCAAAGACUACGUGCUCAAAGAGGUCGAAAAUGAUGAAGCCAAAAAGAAAAACGGAUUCCUGAAAAAGAUAUUUUAUACGCUAUUCAAGGUUGUUAUUUCGCUACCGGAAAACAAGAUCAAUACCGCCGUUGUGUACAUCAGGAAAACACUGCCAGUGCUUCUCAAUACUUCAAAGAAACCGCAAUUCUUUGAGAUAUUGCGCGACUUUUUUUACAUCCUGAGCAGCAAUUACAACAAAAGCGGAGAAAUAUUCAAUGUGAUCUACGAAGUAUUUCCAGUGAUCUUCAAAACACUCAAUUUCCUUAUCGACUUAUAUCCAAUGGUUGAAACGUACGUUGAAACAUUGCUUUCCAUUCCCACGAGUCUCAAUGUCCUCCUUCCACACAUACGACAGUUGGUGCAUGCCUUGAAUAUCGGUAUGAGAGGUUCAAACAGGCUCAAAAUUUUUUCGCUUAGAUUUAUCGACAAUUGUCUGGAAAAUCUUCGUUCUGAGUUCAUUGAUGAGCAGGUCCAUGACGAGAUGUACGAGGUCAUUGACAAUCUGUUUUAUUUGUUGCAGUUCGAAGAGACCCGCCUUCUUUCUGCGCGUGUUCUUACCAAACUGAAGGAUAGGCAUCGUGUGUAUCUUGAUCAGCAGAAUUACCUGACGGAGAACAUACUUCCAAGUAGUAAAACGCUCCUAAAGGUGGUUUUGUCUGGACAGGAUGAGUUUAUACCAGCUGAUGAAGUAUUAUUGACUGCCAUCAAGUUUAUACGUUGUGGUUCCCUAAUGCCAAGCUUUGGCGAAUUCAAAGUUUCUUUUGUCCAAUUUCGGAACGUGAAAAAAAUCGAAAGUGCGCCAGGUGAUGUUUUGUAUGCCUGCUUCAAGAUAAUAAGGGCCUUUCUCAGCAGUAUAAAGAGGCCAAGCCAAGUAGCGUAUGAUGCGAUCGUUGGUCUACUGGAGCUGCGAGAUGUUGAUUUUCUGGAGGAAAAUGAGAAUUUCUUGUUCUGGUUCUAUGAAAAUGUGGUGAAUAAAAACACGAAAGACAGCGGCAUGGCGAACAGUAUGAGAACGGAUAAAGGUAUCAAGAAGCAUAAGGAAGGUAUUGUGCACGAAAAAAGGGACACUUGCGGUGUGAAAAGCACUCCACAGAGUGGCGAAGAAUACGGGGUGUCGAACCAAGGUGAAGAAAGCUCGAGAUAUGAGUGCAGUGUUACCGAGAUGAAAGAAGAUGUUGCACUGAGGGACUUUUUCAUCAACGCCUUAGUCGAGACGACUCAUAUGCCGCUGAGCAUAAAAAUACAGAAGGACUAUCCUUUCAAUCUCUUUUUGAAGAAAUAUAUGCAGCUAUGCUAUUAUUGCAACGAGAAGAAACGAAAGGCAGGAUUUGUUGGUCUGAUGCAUCUGUUGAGACACAAAGAUCUGAAUGGGAUAGAAAAGUACCAGUCAAAAAUCAUCAAGGCACUGUUCACGUGCGUUGAAAAAAGCAAGUUUGCAGUGAAGGACGAAGUGCAGAACUCGGUACUUCUUGUUUUGAGAAAAUCACUGCAGGAUGUUCACCGAGAAACGGAGAUCACUCUUAUACAUGGACUUGCCAAUGUAAACGGAAGUAUAAGAGAAAUAUCACAAGCUGCGCUAGAGUACCUUUGUGAGCUGAGAGGCAUGACAGUUGCAGAUCUCUUGAGCAGCUAUAAAGAGCUUAUCCUGAAAAACACACUCGGUCUGCAGUACAAGGCGAAUAUCAACGGAAUACUGGAAAAUCUGAGCUACGUCUUUCUCUUCAGACCGCCCAUUAUCGAUUUGGAUGAGAAUUUCUAUGCCUUUAUGAACUUUGUCACGCGUAUUAUGAACCGGCCAGAGGUUUAUCACAGUGCACUGAAAUUUUUGAGUGCUGUUUGCACCGUUGUAAACCGUAAAGAGCACCUUCACCACAUCAUAUCGGUGUUCAUCAAUGCCAUUGACCAGGAGACAUGCCAAAAAGCGCUGAGACAACUUCUCUCGUACAUGCCAGAGGCGGAGGAAAUCUACGAUAAUAUCUGCCACCACAGUCUGAGCGAGUUAACGAACACGAUCGAUGAGAACAAAAUACACAAACUUAGACUUCUAGUUGAGACGCAUCCUCAUUACCUGAUAACUCUGCUUAACAAGCAGGGGGAGGUUAACCAGCUGCUCAAGCUUGAGACAAUUGAUUCCCUCCACAUUCUUUCGCAUUUUUCGUUGCCAGAAGAUGUUCUUAUACGCUUGGUUAAGGUUCUUCUCGCCACGCCGCCAGACAAAAAGAUCCUCAAAAAUCUUCUGCAGAACAAUCCUUCGAUCUACCACAUCUUCUUCACUAAUGUUGACAUAGCAUUUGAUCACUGUAGAAUGCUCUUCAAGUUUCCAGCGGUGGAAACGCUUCUUUCUAAAAGUGUUGAACUGCCGCACACUCCAAAAUCGCUCGUUUUUAUGAAUCCGACAAAGGAGGACCUGAUCAAGUACAGUUUACGAAUUAGCGAUUUGUUUGUGAAAAACAGGCUGCGGAAGGAGCUGCAGUACGUGAUUGACAAGAAUGUUGUUCUGCGGAACGGAUUUGAUGAUUGGAACGAAGAAACACUUCUUGAGUAUUUUCUGAGAAGUGUUGAUGAAAUGGACUACAACAAUCCGUUUGAGGUGUUUUACUACGCGUUUGGUGGUGAACUUGCGCAGAGCGGCGGGACGGAUGCUGAGACAGAAAAUGGGGAGGGAGUGCAGAAUAACUCUGGCAGCCCGGGCCGAACACCGUUCAAAAAGUGCAACGUAAAUUCUCUGAUUCUAGACGACUAUCUCAAUGAAAAAAAAUUUAUUGCGAACUACAAAGUUUUGGAGAGCAACAUCGAAAUAUUCAGGAACAGCAACGACCGUUUUCUCAAAAACCAGUUUGUUUUCCACAGCUACCUUGCCGAGUACGAAAAUAAGGACAUCAUCAAUUAUUGCCGACAAAACGAGAGAGAUUUUGCGUGCAUCUGCUAUCUCAGCCUGUACGACAGCAAAAAGGAAUAUUUCAAUAUUUUAUCGGGCACACCUACCGAAUACAAGAGGUAUGUCUUCAAGGCAUUUGACAGUCUCACGCGCAAAUACGAUCUCAAAAAGGAAAUCUACAAUCUUUUGAGUACGGAAAUAUUCUACAAAACACAUUUAUUCAUAAUUUAUCCGCUUGUCAUAAGAAACGAAAUUCUGAAUGAUGAGAUUGUCUUUGAGCUUUGCGAUGCUGUGUGUCGGCUGUUCAGCACGUAUGUUAAGGUUCACCAGAAGGUUGCGAUAGGCCUGCUUUUGGUGGUCAACAAUUACAUAAUGAUGAAAAAGGAGAAAAGGGACGGUAGAGAGAGCAUAAUGAGAGACAAUGAGAGGGUGAAAGCAAGUAUGGGCAAUGGUAGCGAAAAAUACAGUAACAUACUGAACACGGAGAAGGAGAGUACCUACAAUGUGAUUCUUGAUGCACAGAUCAGCACGCUCUCGUCCUUGUAUUCAUUGUAUUUCAGCAAUUGUGCACACACCACAGAUCCUUCGUUCCUCAAGUUUCAGGAUUACUUCGUCGUUCCAUUGAGAAUGUCGUGUCUGUCGAUCAACCCUGAAACGAUAAACGUGUCCAAUUUUAUCACGCUGCUCAUCAAAGAGUUAAAGAAGCAGAAUUUAGAGUUGGAGAUAAAGGAGAAAUUGCUGAGUGCAGUAAAUAACAUUUCCAAUUUAAUGUUCUGUGAUAAAUUUGCAGACGAGCUCAAAGAAUUUAUCCCUUUUCUGGAUGUCGAGUGGCUGCUGGAAGUGUUAGGAAAGUUGAUUGAUGAAUUUGCUAAUCAUUCGGUGAUAUUUGUGCUACUCGAGCACUUGUUGAUCAGGCGGAGCGAAGACAUGGAUCAAAUAGAUGAUGUGAGCAGCGCCGGUGGACAUCAAGCGAGCAAACCUGCUGGCAGCGCGAGUGACAAAACUUCGCUUAUUUUUGAGAAUUUUGUGACAAUGGCGGUCAACUACUGCAAGGCUGUGUGUAAACUGCCGAAUUUCAAUUCGCUCGCAGUUAUCAAACUCCUUAACAGCCAUGGCGUUCUUCCGCCCGAAAUAUUUGUGAAAAAUGAGAAGGUUGGCGAGGAUUUGGACCUGCUUUUGCUCAGCUACGAAAAAAGAGGAGUAAUCGACAGCAGCAUUUUUAAAGGGUUUAAGGCACGCAAAGAGCUAAGAGAACAGUUCUUUGGGUUGGUGUUAAAGAGUGGUGUUAAUCUAAAUCUCAGCAGCGACGCAUUCGCUCAUCUCAGAGUUGCCAUGAUGAAAAAUAAUUGCGAUUUGCUUCUUGGUGAUAAAAAUCUGACGGGAGAUAUUUUAGACCUGAUGUUCUACGAUGACCAGCUGCUGUUUCAUAUGAGAAAAAGCUUAUUGAAGGUGAUGGAUGAGGACAUUGAGGAUGUUCAAAUGAACUACUUGCAGUACAAAAACUACGAGAUAGAGAACGAGUGUGAGGAGAAAGAGAACGCGAACAACAAGUCGGCCGAUGCGGGUGCCGUUGCUACGAGUGGUAAUACCGAGAAGGUAAACGUGAACAGCUACGAGAAAACGAGCACAAUGGGCAGCGGCACAAAAAACAGCUUUAUGAGAUUCUUGGCGCCAACGAACAACGAUAGUGACUAUUACUACGCUGAGAUGCGACUAAACGCAAAGUAUACGGAGACGGAAGAGGCAUUAAAAUUGAUGCAGUUUGAUGAUUUUAUAACGGCUCAGAAAAUGCUGGAGAGGAUAAACAAAGAGUUACCUUUUGAUGAAGACGAGGCACAAGUCUGGGAAAGAGAGUGGAUCGAGUGCGCUAAAGAACUUGAACAGUGGGACUUAGUGCAGGAGAUAGGUGUUAUGAACAAUGACAUUGAUUUAGUGACCGAGGCUCUGUGGAAAGAGAGCAAUUUGAGUGUGGAAGAGGAAAGAAGUGCGCUGGUAAGGCUCGUCCGUGAGAGCGACAAGAAUCUGAGUUUGCUGAUAAAUGCGUUUUUAAACAACGAUGAUGCCACUUACAGCAGAUUGUUGGACCGCAAUAUCCACAAACUCAUGAUAUACCGUGACAGACACUUUCUGAACAACCUGCAGGUGACCAUGGAAAUACGGGAUGAUGGCAUUAAAAAGGAUAGGGUGCCCAUGUACUUUGAGGGAUGUAGGGAGUGGUCGUAUUUGAUGACGCUGCGUAAUCAUUCGAAUGUCCUGAGCGGUUCUUUGAAGUCGCUGCACGAGCUAGCAAAAAAUUACAAUAUGAUGGGCAGGGUUUGCUACGAAAACGGACACUACGAUGUGGCACAGCACACCAUAACCAAGAUAUUCUCUCUGAGCAACAUCGAGGUGGUCGAUGCAUACGAAAAGAUUGAAACGGAUCUGAAGAUUUACAAGGAGCGCAACCCGCAGAUAGGUAUGGAAUUUGUGAACAUUGCCAACCUGAACUACUUCACUGCGGCGCAGAAGGCUCGGCUCUUCAACCUUAAAGCCCAGCUCAUAAGCGACCAGAAAGAGGCGAAUAAGUUGUAUUUACAGAGUGUGCAGUUGGCAGAUCUUUCAGAGAAUUGGUACAGUUGGGCAGUCUUCCUCAAGGAGACUCUCGAUUUGACAAAAAAAGAAAACGUACGGCAACUGUUUGCUGCGUUCUUGCAGUCCAACAGUAAGCACGGAAUCAUCGUGCUCCUCAACUACAUGAGGAACUACAACUUUGACAUUCUUAAACAGCAGAUCGAUAACAUUGAUAUGAGAGAGUUCCUGUUCUAUGUCAGCAACUUGGCUGAGAUGUUGAAAACCGAGGACUUUUACUGUGCCGAGGCCUUGAUUGAGAGAAUGUUGAUCGUUGGUGCACAAACAGUUUAUUUGGAACUGAUGCGCGUUAAUAUGAGUAUUACGGGUGGGAAUGAGAAGGAUGCCGAGGGCGGAAAGGACAGCGGUGCAAGUGGAGGGUUCAAUACCGCUAUGCCCUAUAAUACACUUCCUGCUAACAAGCCGUACGCUAGUCCCGGCUCUGGUCUGUCUCUGAGGGAAAUUGAAAAGAUAAUGCAGAUAGCAAAGAACAAGCACUCAUAUACGGUAUAUUCGCUGGAACAGCUGCUCUCAAUUCUAAAGCUUGCGCUGGAGCCGAAGAAGGAGAUCAAAUUUUACAGAAUUUUGAACACCGCGUUCAAUAUGUCCCUGAACAUUCUUUUCGGAUGUAACGGAGACGUAGUUUAUCUCAAAUCACAGAUCCGCAGGAUUGCGAUUGCUCUGGAAAACGACGAGUUUGUGAAGGAUUUUUAUGAUCGAGAGCUGUGCAUGAAGGAAAUCGCGCUUCUCCUGUUCAAUUGGAAAAACAAAUUCAAGAGAUACUACGACGAAGAGAAGAACAUAAAAAUUGAGUACAUUUACAAGUUGAACAACAACUUUUCUCAGCUCGAGGUGCUGGGCUUGAACGAUUCUCUGAAGGACGUUUUUCUGGAUAAGCCACACAUCGUAGGAUUUGAGCCGUCCAUAAAGAACAACAUCAUAAUACACGGUGAUGACGGAAAGAACUACAAUUACAUUUUCAUCUACAAUUUGCCUGAUGUGUACAAGAAGGAGGAGUACCUACUGCAGACAGCUAAUAUUCUCGACUAUUUCAUGAAAGACAGCAUACAUCUCAAGAGAAGAGGCAUCAAACUGCACAGCAGACAGGGAAUAGCGUUGCACAAGAACACGAGGCUGGAGCGUGUCAAAGACAGUUACAUCGGGUUUGACAGGAUAAUGGAAACCUAUAAGGACAAGGAUGAGGUAAUCCUGGAGUACUUGGAAAUUGUGGGAAAGUAUGAGAAAGAAAAAGAGGGAGAGCGAGGUGGAGCAAAUGAAAACGGAAUGUGCAACGCAACUAUGCGCGACAAAGACGAGAACUUCAUCUGUUCCGGCGAAUUUAUUGAAUCAGGUGCAAACUCAGCAAAUAUGUUUGAUUUGAUGCCUCCUUACAAGGAGAGCGAUCAAAGCUUUGAAAUGAAAGUCAAGGAAACGGUGAUACGAGCCCCUAAUAAGGUCAAAUUAGAUGCCUUCCUCACCAUGCACAAAAAGAUGGGAAACAAAAUACUGAAAAGGUAUUUGCAAGGCGUAUUUAGGCGCGACAGAGAAUAUUUUCUGUUCAGAGGCGCAUUUCUGAACAACUUCUCGAUCGACUCGUUUUUCCUUUAUUUCUUUUUUGUGGAUCCUAAACAGCCUGACCAGUGUUCAUUGGGUCUUAGAAGAGCCUCGCUAUACCAGUCAAACUGUUUCUGUAAAACAAAUCAAGAAGACUCGAUGUUGAUGAGGCUUACGCCAAAUUUCCAAGAAUAUUUCAACAGGAUUAAUAUAGAGGGUCGUUUCCUAUCUGUAGGACAUUUCUUUUCGAAGUGGUUGCUUGAGUCGAAGUACUCGGAUGACAUCGUGGUCUUGCUUACAGAUUGUGAUGUUAAGGAUGUGAGAGAGCGAAUGAAAACGGUUGGAACUAUAAAUAGGGUGUUGAGUGAUUGUUGCGAUCCUGAAAAGUUGUGCAAGGUUAGUCCUUUGUGGCAUCCCUGGUUUUAGUGCCAAGGAUGAGUGUAGAUUGAUUGGUGCGGUAUUAUGUUAUUAAAAAAUGAUUGGUUGAUGU